AGGAAGGAGGAGGAGCUGACAGCGUCGUUGCCUGGGGGCAGCUGUCGAGGGGAGGGCGUGCUGGGGGAAAUUGGACAACCCGUUGGGGAAGCGGGGGAGGAGGGGAAGAAGCAGAAGCAAAAGAAGCCGCCGCCUUAUGUGUCUGCCUACUCCGUUCAGAUGACUUCUCAAUAGGAGUGGGACAACUGUGGUAAUUAGUACCCCACUUUUCCAGAUACAUUCCUGGAGUUCUUGUCUUUUCUGCAUAUUCCUCUCUUCCCACAACUUCAAUGCCUGCACGGAAGCAAAAAUGGCUCAGCAGCAUCUUCCAGUCACAUUUUCUUUCUAGACUGGAAUAGGCUUGUAUCCAGGCACAGUGGGAAGUAGCUGCUGUUGGUUUUCGUCCUCCUACCCACCUACAGAAGAGUAAAGACCAUCUCCAUCUGACAAUGAUGAAGACUGAAGGCAAAGGAGAGAGGACUUUAAGAAGUGCUUCUCCACACAGAAAUGCCUAUAAAGCAGAUUUUCAUUCUAUUAAGUGCAGUUUUGAUUCUGUAAAUGCUGAUAAUACAGGAAACAAAUCAGGUCCUCAGCAAAAGUUGGCCAGCUCAUCCAAUGGAGGAGGUAAUGAUCCACAUGUUCGUGGCAGAGCUGUAACCUAUGGCAACAGAGUACACAAGAUCAAGAAUAUGUUCAUGCAAAUGGGUGGCUCUUCCACUCCGUCAUGUUGUGAGAACAACCCAUUAUCUGAGCCCAAAGCCAUUACAAAAACAGCAACUGACCCUGCACCUCCAUCUCCAAGUAGCCCAUCUUUUCUCUCUGUUCAGAAAAACAAUCUCCUCAACAUUGGCCCUGUUCCCUUCAGUGGUCCUCUGGAUUCUUUACCUUCUGCUUCUUUCAAUGACAAAAUUAUUUGCAGCAAUGAUGAAGGAAAUCUAGAUAAAGCUGCCCUAGCAGAGAAAUUUUCUGAAGCAAGGAAAUUAUUUGAAAGGAACAUUAAAAAACCAAGCUUACUGGAUAAAAAUCCUUCCAUCAAAACAGAAAAGGCUGAGGAAAAGAGAAGACAUGGUUCUGCCUCUUCAUCUGAUGGUAGUAAUGUAGCAGAUUACUUUAAUUUCAGCACUGAUACAAGUUCUCAGGAUACCAUAGAAAAAACAGAAAGUGAAGGAAUAAGUGAACACAAGCUACAGCAAUCUACUGGUAGCUGUAGAUCCUCCUCACUGAAUGCUGGGCCUAUUUCUAGAAGACUCGAGAGUUUCUUGGCUGAUAGUGACAGUGAGGAAUGCAAAGAUGCUCUGAAAAAUGAGAGCACAUCAAUUCCUGACCAGACAGUCUUUUGCAGCUGGGAAUCACCAGAGGCCAGAGAAGAAGUAUUCUUGAAUCAGUGUGUUGAAGAACCUGCCCUUUUCAGCAGCAAAAGGGAUGAGCAAAGUAAGGCCAACAAAAGGCAUGAAGAAACUUCAGAAAGAGACCUGCAAUUUGCAGCUACCUUAUCUAAUAAAGUGGAUAGAGCCCCCAUAAAAAUCUCCCAAGUAGAAGUAGUUAGAGCUGAAUUAAUUAUGGUUCAGAACAAAACAUUGGGGACUGACAAUGAAAUUGUGGAAGAAGUUAAUAUCUGCCAGAAGGAGAAACAACUGCAAUUUCCAAAUUGGGAAGAAGAAGGAAAGAACCUCACAGUAGAAGUAAUGGAGGAAUUUAAUAUGUGCAAAGAGGAGCUUCCUGUGUGUACUGAUGCCAGUCAGACAGAAGUAAAAGAGGUAGUAUAUUGGGAAGAAGAACAUACAGUAGAACAGGACCGUAAAGAACAAAUAGGUAAUAGUGAAGAUGAAGAUGAGAAUCAGGAGGUAGAACCGAAAGAUAAUUUUAGUGAUUUUAGUUCCAGUGUUUUUGGAAUUGAGAAUGCAGCUUUUGAUGACGAGAGAGAAACAGAGUCAUAUGCUCAGGGCCCUGAAGGCAAGGAAACUUUGGCAGAGGAGGAAUGUAACUACGAUAGUGACUAUGAGGAAUUUCCUGGACUUUCUGAGGAAGAAGAGACAAAUCCAGAGAGGAAAGUAAAGUUUUCCACUGCUCCAAUCAAGGUGUUCACUACUUAUUCAAAUGAAGACUAUGAUAGACGUAAUGAAGAGGUUGACCCUGUGGCAGCAUCAGCAGAAUAUGAACUUGAGAAAAGGGUAGAAAAAAUGGAGGUUUUUCCUGUAGAAAUUGAAAAAGGUGACAGUGGCUUAGGUAUCAGUAUAAUUGGAAUGGGAGUUGGUGCAGACCAGGGACUGGAAAAGCUGGGAAUUUUUGUAAAAACAAUAACUGAAGGAGGAGCUGCUCAGAAAGAUGGUCGAAUCCAAGUAAAUGAUCAGAUUGUUGAGGUUGAUGACAUAAGUCUUGUAGGAGUUACCCAAUUUUUUGCUGCAACUGUACUAAAAAAUACAAAAGGCACAGUGAGGUUUCUGAUUGGCAGAGAAAAACCAGGAACUCAAAGUGAAGUUGCUCGUCUUAUCAGUGAAACACUGGAACAAGAAAGAUGUCUAUAUGAGCAGCAAUUUUCCCAAGAUGAUACAGGACAGGAUGAUGAUUAUGAUGAUGACGAAGAUUCAUUUGAAUCACAUUUACAUGGAAAAUCUGUGGAAGUCUUUUACCUUCCUGAAAAUGAAGACAUUAGUUUACCAUUAGAUAUGGAUUCCACAAACUUUAUGCUAAAAUUUAAAGAGCUUCAAUUAAAACAUGCAGUUACAACUGCUGAAGUUAACCAACUUAAAGAGAAGUUAAAAGCUUCUGAAGCUGAAAAGAAUGAAUGGGAAUUAAGUAAAUCACAGCUCCAGGAAACAUUAGAUGAGAACAAAGAAAAAAUUAAGAAGUUGGAAACCUAUUGGUUAGAAGCGCAAAGCUUAUGUAAAACAGUAAACGAGCAUCUGAAAGAAACUCAGGAACAGUAUGAUGCCCUGGAGAAAAAAUACAACAAAGCCAAAAAAUUGCUCAAAGAAUAUCAGCAGAAAGAAGCAGAGCUCAUGAAAAAAGAAAACGACCAUAAAACGAUUCUUGAAGAGAGAAACCAAGAACAUGUAAAUCAGCUCAAAGUAAUGCAGGAGAAGAUUACAGAACUUGAAGACAAAUUAAAAAUAUAUGAGAAACUUCCUUAUAUGUUUGGAAAUAGCACUUUGUUAGAAACUGACACACAAAAUCCUGAAAAACUGACAGAAUGUUUUGAAGUUAAAGAUAAUGUUCCAGAAAUUGAGUCAUCAGUGGAGAAAUUAGAUUUUUCUGAUUUUGAUACCUUUGUUGGAGACACACAGAGGUUAGACACCAGUGCCCAUAAAGCAAAAGCUCAGCUCGCCUUGAAAGUAAAACGUCAGCCACCUUCUCGGUCAAAGUUAAAAGAAUCUCUUGGAGCUGGACAAAAAGAUACACAUUCACAGAGUGUGGAUGAUAAAAAUGACGAGAUAGAGAAAACUGUUGUAAUUGGUUCUUCAGUGGUGACAGAGAAGAUCACUUCAUCACAGCAGAGUGAUGUAGAUCAGAGCACUGAUAAACAUGAGUGUGCUGAAACUACUGAGAGCUUGUUAGAAUCAAGUCCUUCCAUUUCUGUACACUCUUCUCCUAUUUAUAAGCCACAGACGGAGAGUAAUUCUGGAGUAACUCAACCAGUCACAAAUGAUGAUACUGCUCCAAAUUCUCCUUCGGGAUACUGUCGAAACGUAAAGACCAGAGAAUCAAAAGGAAAAGGGAAAAUGAACAAAGAUGACAAAAAACUCGAAGAAAAGACUGAAUUAAGUGAAGGUGCUUUGGUGGCGAAGUCCAAAAGGCGUUUUCCAGAUUUUGGGGGCCUACGAAAAUCUGGUGGCAAAGGCAAGAAGCAAGAAAAAGAAAAUACGAGGGGCUCUCUGGACAGCCGGGGGUCCAGAGAACUACUGGAAGACUCUGCCAACAAUUUAUCUGCAUCAGAUUCAGACUCUCCAAUUCCUACUUGCAUGCCUUUCUCUUGGUUUGGAGAUAGUCAUAAAGAACACAGUUCUAGUAGUACCCUGAGCUUUUCCCACAGUGGGCACGAUGUUGUCUUGGAACAGAGUCAAGAAAAGAACAGAAGCAAAAGUAGAGUUGUCAUAGAUGAUUCAUACCAUAGCAAGUCAAGUUGUGAUCUGUCAGGGUUAGUGACAGAACCAAAUCUUUCAGGGCGUUCAUACACUUUAGCCUUCUUCUCUUCAAAUGAGACUUCAGAUGAUGAGCCAUCAACCACAGGAAAACAAAACCAAUGGCACAGUAGACCCAUUUCUGAAUGGACAAACCAGCAAGUAUGCCAUUGGCUCAUGGGAAUGAACAUGGAGCAGUAUAUUGCAGAAUUCACAGUCAAGAAUAUUGAUGGACAGCAGUUGAUGCUGCUUGACAGUGAUAAGUUGAAGGCUCUGGGAGUUUCCAGUCAAAAUGACCGAUCAACCAUAAAGAAGAAAAUUAAAGAUAUUAAAAAAGCACAGGAAAAGAUGGAGAAGCAGAAAGAAAAGUGUCAAAAAAAGGAGAAGGAAGUUCGGAGAACUGGCAGAAUAGUAGUCGCUGCAGAAUCAAGCUGCUAAAGUGAGUUAAUGAUAUAUACAACUAUGUACUCAGUGCAUUUUCAAGGGCUAAAGUGGAGCAAUCCCAGUAUAAUGCUUCAUUGUUUUUAUUUUAUCUGACCUUACUUCAGCUUCAAGAAGUGUAAUAAUUGUAUAUUACUGUAUAAUUGGGAAUGUAGGAAGGGAGGAAACAAGUUUUUCAAUAUACACUUUUUUUACCUCCAAUGUCCUUUCCUCCCUCAUUUGUAUGAUUCAUUAAAUGAAAUAUUUUCAAUUUUUAUAUUUAGAGCAUUAACUUGUACUAAUAGACAGUAAAUUAAUUUUAUCAUAAGCAAUGUAUGUAUAUAUGUGCCUGACUGUUCCAGCUCCCUGAAGUGUCUAUUGGGAUUGGUAUGUUCAGUUUCUGAACAUUAGAAUCUGACAUAAAUUACAAGGUAAUGUUGGGUGAUAUCUAGUAUAAAGCGAAUAUCAGAUCACUGAGUUCUGUUGGAAAUACUUUGCUGCCCUUAGUGUAUAGAGAAUAAUUAAGUUUUUAAAAGAAAUAGAAAAUUAAUUUAAUCAAAUGUAAUGAAGCAUUUAAAAUACUGUAUUUUCCAGAGUUUGUUUUAAUUUCAAAAUUUAUUGUAGUAAUAUAAUUAAUGACUUGCAUUUUUUAUUUUUUAAAAUAAGAUAACACUAUGUUUCUAAUCUGCCGAGUAUGUUGAAACAGGAUUUCAAAGUUUACUGAUCCAUUUUAUACAUUUUUAUAUAGAGGCUUUAUAGUUCAAGUGAUGAACGAGAUCAGACUGUAAUAAAUGCAUUACACGUUCCUACUUGAGAUUUCUGAGGACCAAAAUCAUAUUUUUGCUCAUUUUAAAACGCUGUUGGUCUUCCAGGCUUAAAAUAAUACCACAAAUAGACAUGGUUUGAGAAAACUUUAAUGAAGCACUGAGUUUCUGCAUUGUACAUUAUUCUAUAGAUUAUAAAAGUCUUCCUUUUCAUGAGUACCAUUUGUUUUUUAAAAAUAGUGUUAAACAUUGCCAACUAUUCUUGGAGCAACAUCACUACAUUAAAAUGACGUUUCUGAAAAAUGAAAUAAAUUUUGUUCAAACAAGAGAAA